AUGGCACUAACUUUUCUUAAAAAACAAACUUUCAACGUUCGUUCCAGCAAAAUAAAAAAUAAUACUGCCAUGUCAAACAUUAAUUAUAGAUAUAAAGGUAUUAUGGACUGGGAUACACCCAUUUUAAAGGCCAAAAAUCAGACUAUAAAUAAAAAAAAUUGGGUUGAAAAUCCAAAAGACAAACUUUUUAAUCAAUUUUUCAGAUUUUUUGUUCCAAGAUGUUGCAAUGACAUUGAUCCUUUUGAAUUUUAUUUUAUGUCCUGCGAUGAAUUUUCAAAUGUGGCUGCUGUAGGUCACAAGCACUAUGUUGGUAUCUUUGGUUUUGAUCCAAAAUUGGUUAAUGAAAAAAAAAUAGCUACUGCCAAGUUCUCAACUGAUGAAAAAGUUGGUGUUUAUUAUUUUGCCCAGGCUACUAAAUUAAAUGUAGAACAUGAAGAUAAUAAUAGAUACUGUGUAAAGAAAGCUGUUAUUUUUUGGGAAACUUUUGACAAAAAUUAUUAUGCUCAUCGUCGAGACACUGGUAACUAUAGUAACGAUAAUUUAGGGGAUUACUUUGACUGGAUUUAUAAAACUGAAAAGGCUUUUGAGAGGGAAAAUAAAGAAUAUGAGAUGGGGAAGGUUAUUGGUAAUAAAAAAGGAUUACAUUUGAACACGUUUAGAAAAGCUAAGAAUUGGGUUUUCAAACAGCAUAUAAACGAACCUUUUAGGACUGACUUGCUUCCAUACAACUAUUUACUUUUUACUGACAUUUAUUACAAUAACAACAAAAAUAAUAAUGACAAAAAUAUUGCUUCUCAAUACCAAAAUAAAAAUUCUUUUUAUAAUUUCAAUGAGACACGCGAAAAUCUAGACAGCAAUAUGAGUUAUAAAGAAAAUGAUAUAUUAAACAUUUUUCAUUUCAAUAACUUACACUUUUUGGAGGACAAUAACUUGGAUGAAAAGGAAAAUAUUAAAGAAAAUCUCAGUCCUUUAUUUGUUAAGAGUGUUACAACAAAAUGUGCUCAGCAAGAUUUUAAGCCCACUGUUAAGCCAAUUAGAGAGGGAGAAAAACAACGAUAUAAGGUGAGAGAAGGCUUAAAUAACAGUAUAUUAUUCAACGAAAACAAAGAAUAUUUACAUGCUAGCAGUUUUAACAACAAAUGGACUUGCAUGAAAAUUGAAAAUAAAAAUGGCCCUUACACUAAUUUUAAAUCCAACUUUAGUCCUUGUACUAAUAAUUCCGGUCAUGUUUUGACCUUAAAUGAUUAUGAUGAUGAAACAGUUAAUAAAAAAAUUAAAAUGAUGAUCAAAAAAAUUAGGGCUUAUAAUAAGGAAAGAAAAUCAGCAUCUACCACGUUAUUUCUGCCUAUAAAAGUUUGCAGGGAAACCGUUGAAGCAGCUAGUACCACUGCUGACAAUUACAGCUAUGAUGCAAUAAAAGAAAAUGGUAAUGAUGGCAAAAAGAACAACGAGUAUGAAAAAUAUAAAACGGAUUGCCAUGAGUCUUGGAAUUAUCAACAGAAUACGGGCGGAAGUGCUUUAAAAAUUAACGAAAAGUCUAGUGAUGACGAUCUUUAUCAAUUGGUUGUAUUUCAUAAGUACAACGCGAAUGUCAGUGAAAAAAAUGGUAAAAAUACCGCUAAUUUUGAAUUAAGUAAUGAUAAGAAUAUUAAUAAAAGCGACAAUGAGGUCAAUACUAAAUCAAUGAAUCACAUUUUGAAUUUGGGAAAUUUUUGUACUUGUGAUCAUGGUUAUCGUGAAGAAUAUAAUCAUUGUAAAGUGACUAAAAAUACGUAUUCACAAGUUAAUGAUUAUGCUGCAGAUAAAAACAAGUGUGAUUUGUUAGGAGAAAAAAAUUGCAUUCAAAACAUUCCUACAGUAGCUACAAUAGAGGUUGAAAAAAAAGUUGACAUUGAAAAUAAAGAAAAAAUUGAGAUAGGAGCCAAUAGUUCCCAUGAUUCUAGUUCAUGCUAUUCCACUAAGGCACCAAUCGCUAAUGGUAAUAAUAAUAACAAUACUAUUAGAGAAAAUCCAAUCAGUUCCGUCAAGUUAACAACGUUGUCUUCUUUUUCCUGCUCCCCUCCUCCUCCUCCUCCUCCUCCUCCUCCUCCCUCUUAUUCUUCUUAUUCUUCUUCUUCCUGCUCCUCCUCUUCUUCAAAGUUAAAAAUAGUUGAGUCAACCACUAGCACCACUAACAAUACCACCGACAACAACAUUAUUCAUCAACUAUUUGUUAAUAAUGGUAAUAAAAUUGCUGGAAAGCUUUGCAAGUCUUCGCUUAAGAUACCUUUGAGUUUUGAUAACUGUAUUCGAGAUAAUAAGAGUAAAAAUAAGGGGAAAGCACCAGACAAGGGUUCUUUGAAAUCAUUGUUGACAAAAUGUGAUUUAUUAGAUUAUAAGAUUGAACCAUUUACCAUCAAAAAUAAAGCUAAUGAAAAAGAUAGUAAUAAUGUUAGGUUCUUUGUCGAAAGGUAUGAUAACAUGGUGAAAAAAAAGAACUAUAAAAAUCCAAAAGGGGCCAUUUUCAAAGUUAACAAGAGUGUCCUUGUUACCGCAUACUCUAAGGGCAAUAAAUGCAAAACAACUUCCAGAGACAAAAAUAAUGUUGGUAUUCAGGAUACUAUAUGCACUAAGAGGGAAGAUGCAAGAUGUGAUGAUGAUAAAAAUAAAAACGAUAUGGUUACUGGUCUUUUUUCCACUGCCGAAACUAAUCACAACCAUACAGAUGUUUUUAUAGAAAAUUUUGAAAAUAAAAGCAUUGAUAAUACUAAAGACUUAAAUAACGCUUUAGUUGUCAGGAGUAAGGCUGAGGAGAAUAACACCAAACACAAAAAAAUUGGUUUUCUCUCAUCUUCUGUUACAGAUGUUAAAAAUUUGGAAUCAAAAUUGGAAGAGGUUGUUACUAUUACUGAUAGCACAUAUGAAUCUACCUGUGGUGAAAAGGAGACCUAUGGACUUAAUUCUGAAUGGUCUAGUAGUCAAAUAAUUGAAAAUUACUUUAAUACUAGCAACGAUAACAAUACUAUUUCGGAUGAAAGCACAAAAGAUUUGGAAAUGGGAAUAUCCCUUAAAUCGGUGGGUGCAAAGGAUCACAAUUUAAUUGUAAACACCAAUGAUAAUACUGUAGAGAAAAGCAUUAUUAUUUUUCCACCAAUGGACAGAAGUUCUUCUGCUGAUACGACUUCUUGUGUUGGGAAAUUGUUUUCUAGGUCAGAUGCUACCAAUCGCACUUUAACUGCCCCAACUUCAACAAAUAAGGAUGAAUAUUAUAGUAAACAAAGGUCUAGAUUUGAAUUAUUAGAGCAGGCGUCGGAAUUGAUGUUAAUACAUUUACCUUGUAAUUCUCAAAAAUCCUGCAAUGAACCAAAGCAAGAGCAUGCUAAUGUUGGUGUUGUGGAUGGGUCCAUUAUAAAUGAAGAAGGAGAAGAAGAAGAAGGAGAAGGAGAAGAAGAAGAAGAAGAAGAAGAAGAAGAAGAAGAAGAAGAAAAAGAAGAAGAAAGGGCUCAUUUUUCUAAGUUGGUUGAUGAGAAAAUUACACAAGGAGAUACUAAUAAUGAUGCUAAUUGUAAGAACAGAAACAAGCCGUUGGGAAGAAGUGUCAGAAAAAUUAAAAAUGUUAAAAAAAAUUUAAAAGUUAGGCUUGGUACUGGUUCCAUUUCGGCUGCCAGGCUUUUCAAUAAGGAUCCUGUACCCAGUGAUGUCCUUGAUUAUACCCCAAUUUGGAAAAUUCAAUUGUUAUUCGAUAAAAUUAAUGAGGACCAUAAAAAAAUUAAAACUGCUAUGAAAUUCUUAACAGAUAAUGAAGAUUUGGUAUGUUUAACUGAAGACUGUUAUUAUAUGCAACAUAAUCUUGUUGAGAAAGUCAAAAAAUUAGCUGCUAAACAAAAUUUUUGA